ACUUUAUUUUGAAGUAUCCGAACACUAGCUAAAAUUCUCCCCCGUUGUAGGAAAAGUGAUCAAACCAACACCUCUUCCCCUCUCUCUUGUCCCACGAAACCAUCCAACAACCGUCCGAAAUCAGCAGCGUCCCUAAACUCCCCAGUUUGACUUGUCAGUUUCAGAUUUUGUGCCAACUUCUUUACUGAAAUUAAACUGAUAAAUUAUUCCUCAUGUCCGCUCAAGAUCCAUUUUACAUUGUAAAAGAGGAGAUCCAAGAAUCCAUUGAUAAGCUGUUAUCGAGCUUUCGACAAUGGGAGCAUGCUGUUUAUGGUAGUAAAGAGCAAGCGCACGUGACUGAUGAGUUGCGUACUGGUUGUGAGAGCAUUGAGUGGCAGGUUGAUGAGCUGGACAAAGCAGUUUCUGUGGCUGCGAAAGAUCCUGCCUACUAUGGUAUUGAUGAGGGUGAGCUUGAAAGACGUCGCAGAUGGACCAGAACAGCACGUGAUCAGGUGGGCGCUGUGAAGAAAAAAGUAUCAGCUGGAAAGGAGCUGAGCUACCAUGACUCUCACUUGGAACUGAUGAGGCUUCCAAUGGAACACCCACAUCAGACAGAAAGUUCCAACCAAUAUGGGCAUCACAAUGAUGACUACAUAUCAUCAGAGUCAGAUAGACAACUGCUUCUAAUAAAACAACAGGAUGAAGAGCUUGAUGAACUGAGUGCCAGUGUUCAGAGAAUUGGACAUGUUGGGCUUACUAUUCACGAUGAAUUACGUGCACAGGAAAAGAUAAUCGAUGAUUUGGGUGUUGAAAUGGACAGCACUUCAAAUCGGCUGGAUUUUCUUCAGAAAAAGGUGGCAAUUGUUAUGAAAAAGGCUGGAGCCAAGGGACAGUUAAUGAUGAUAUUGUUCUUGGUUGUUCUGUUUAUAGUACUAUUCAUUCUUGUUUUCUUUACUUGAGCUUCAUGUUAUAUAUGUGGUUUCGCAAUGGAUGAUGGUAUGGAGAUAUAUGCACUUUGUAAGUGGAAGAGAGAAAGAGACUUAUUUUUCUGUUUGGUUGGUUUUCUUUUUUGUCAUUCUAUAUCCUAUAAAUUUUCUCAUUGAACGCUUAGCUAUUAGAAAGAGGAAAUGUAAUUUUUUUCCCCGGCAUUUUUAUUACUUUUAGUUUCUCAAAUGCUAUAUAGUGUUCCAUUUCUUUGUAAUACUCCAAUACACAUUAUAGAUCAGGUGAAAUUUAGGGGGAAUCACCUUUGAAUGGGGAUAGCCCUCCCAUAAGUUUGUUUUUUUUAUAUAUAUUUUUUAAAAUUAACUUUUGUU